CGAGAGAUGCAAUGGAGAAUUUUCAGUCUCUUUGUAUGGCAAAUCCACCGAGUACCUAGAUCGCUGUUGAGGCUGAGGUGGAGGUCGGGCCCAUGGGCGGACCCCGCCGCUCCCGAAGGGAGCCUAUAUAAGUAGACUCGCUUGGCGUAUAGCGCGAUUCUACACACAAUCACUUCUGCCUCAUCAACAACCAGACAUGUAUCCUCCGGUGGUGUUUCUCGUGGUUUCCCUCGGCCUUGCGGUCGGCCAGCACAAUCAACCGUAUCCCGUGACCACGCCAGUGCCUAUCUUAAAACAGAUAAACAAACACAACGAGGAUGGCAGCUACAGUUACGGUUACGAGGCAGCGGACGGCUCGUACAAAAUCGAAUCCAAAUACCCGAGCGGCGAGGUUUACGGUAAGUACGGCUUCGUGGACGAUACCGGAAGCGUGCGCGAGGUCGAAUAUGGCGCGUCCAGGCGCGGCUUCGAGCCGGUCGGUCCUGGAAUAAAUGUACCCCCGCCAACCUUGACCGGCAACAGCAUCGCCGGGGCCAGCAACUCGGGGCACGAGCCCGAGGAUGACGGACAAUACCGCGAGGACCCGUCGAUCUACUACACCGAUCCGCGUUUCACCAAUGGAGAACGCUACGAUCCGUCACCCAAACCAUAUCGACAGCACCAGCCGAUCGGGUACAAUCCGCCGCAGCAAAUUGCACCGGCUUACAAUCGGCCGAGGUAUAACGCACUCGUCAAUUACGCUCAACCAGCACCGGUGGACCCGCAGUUCCAAUCGGAAUAUCAGCCGCAAUAUCGAACGCAGUACCGGCCGCAGUAUCAAGGUCGGCAGCUGCCACCAGCGUAUCCUUCGCCCGCAAUUCCGGCCGGUUCUCAAGGACACGCCGCGACCAACAUCGACGUCCACGCCGGGCUGACAUCCUAUACGGUUAAUUACAGACGAUAAAAAAAUAGAGAG